UUUUCAUAUAUUUUGCAUGCCUCCUCUGAAAGGCUGGAGGGGUUAAAAGCCUUGUGGGGAUCUUGGCAACUACAGGAUUUGGUGUCCCUGCUCACGCAUGUUCCUUGCUCUCUUGCUGUGGCACCAUAUUUUCUUGUUCAGCAUCUCCCUGGUAAGAAAUCAGACUGACAACAGCAGACUGCUGGAAGUUUGCUUCCCUUGAUGACCGUAGCUGGUUUUGAAUGAGGAACAACAGAAGGCGGCUGUUUUAAACCACCACUGACUUGAGCCAUCAGCAGGAUGAUGGUGCUUUGUUUUCUGAGCAGAACACUGCAACUAGCCAGACAUACAUCUAGUCCACUGGGGAGACAGCUCUGUUCAGCCAGUGCAAAUAAGCCAGUGUUAACUUUAUUCACCAAGAAACCAUGCCCUCUAUGUGAUGAAGCAAGAGAAGAGCUUGAGCCAUAUAAGAGAAGGUUUAUUUUUCAGGAGGUGGAUAUUACCCUUCCAGAGAAUUCAGUGUGGUAUGAUAAAUACAAAUAUGACAUACCUGUUUUUCAUUUAAAUGGAAAGUUCCUAAUGAAGCAUCGAGUAGACAUUCAAAAAUUUGAGGACCGGCUUAUGAAGUUGGAGCUGCAAAAUGAUGGGAACCAGUGAAAAAAAUGCAGCUGCUCUGGUGUGGAUCUGAAAGGACUGUGCAACAUAAAUUCUGUGAAAAAGCAGUAUUCAUUAUCUGGCCUUAUGUUUCUUAGAAUGUAUGGUACCAGUGUCCUAAAAAACUUGAGUGACUUGUAUUCUGUUUUGCAUUAAUCAUCCAGCCCAGCUGCACCAGUAGCAAUGUUUUCUGUACCAUUCCUUUACUGCUAUCCUAGGCUGGCUUUUCAUUGACAGAAUAAAUGCUGCUCCAUAACAGCAAAUAAAGUGA